AUGGAAAGCCGGAAGGCCGGCGAAUGGAAGUCGGAGCACCGGGAGGCUGAUAAAUUGAGUGGGGCUGUGCAGUCGACGAAGGAAAAUAUGGCCGACUAUGCAAAAACACUGUCAACCGACUUCACCAAAGAAUUGAACCGAAUAUGUAAUGAAUUCGAUAAAGUGAGUUCGCUAACAAUUGGAAUGGCCAACCAUUGCGAGGAACACAAUUCAAGCCAGAGUGAAUCUACCUCAACCGACGCCAUCAUGAAUGAAUUGAAGUUGCUAUCCAGCACAGUCAACGCUCUGAAAAGUGACUUGACUCCUACGGUAUCAACUCCAAAUUUAAUGGACGAACUGAGUUCAGAGCCAGUGAUACAUCCGGAGCUGACUCGCAAUGAUCUAGAUGAAGCUUCAGCUGAAAACGACACAACAACCUGCAACUUCAAUAUCAACAGAAGAUACAACAACAAUAAUUUCAACAACAAAAACAAUAAUACCAGCAACAAUAACUUCAUCAACAAAAGACACAACAACAACGACAUGAGCAGAAAAAUGGUCAACAGAAGCAGAAACAACAAUUUCAAUGGAAACAACGACAAUAAUCACAACCAUAAUCGCAUGAACCACAAUGAUCGGAACAGCUUUAUGAACCGGAAUAAAUGCGGAAAUAAUAGCAACAAGAAUGUCAACCAUAACGCGCACAACCAUAAUCACAACCGUAAUGGAUUUCUCCCCCCGGAUAAGGAUUUGCUUACAGCAGCAAAAGCCAUGGGGUCGGGACCAGUUAAAAACCGCGGCAUAAAUUUUCAACGAGGAGAAACACUGAACCCUAGUCAUGACAGUUCAUCAUCUCCCAAUUGGGCAUUUGGACCGGCGCUAAGGAGCUCAUUCACAAAUCACUGUUCUUCGUGCUCCUGCCAACAGACGGGUUUUUAA